ACUCACUGCCUCUUUUAGCCAACCACCACACUCCCGCCCUCUCUAUCUGUCGCACUCCAUCUCACUCUGCCAUUCCCCCGCUGCACACUCCUCAAACAAAUUACUCUCUAUCGCUGUCUCUGCAAGCGUGCCCUGUGGAGUCAGCUGUGUGAGUGUGUGCAAAACUUGGGGCUGUGUGGCUUUGAAAUGAGGAAAGAGAGCAGGUUAAUUCGGUGGAUCAGGUGGAUUGUGAUUGUGACUGUUUUGUUCUUGCUGGGCUUCUGCAUAGGCUGGUUUGCAAAGCAUGCAAACUCUCAAAACCACAAGGACUCCAGCCAUUAUCUGAAGGAUUUUCUGGAGGAAAUGAAGGCAGAUCAGAUCCGAGAGCAUCUCCGGAAAUUUUCACAACUUCCCCACCUGGCAGGCACAGAGCAGACCCUCAAGUAUGCAGAGCAGAUCAUGAAAGAGUGGCAGAUGUUUGGAUUAGACUCAGUGGAGAUGGUGCCCUAUGAUGUCCUCUUGUCCUAUCCCAACAAGUCACAACCAAAUUACAUCUCAGUAGUUGAUCACCUCGGCAACGAGGUUUUUAACACUUCCUUGGCUGAACCGGUUCCACAGGGUUAUGAAGAUAUUGCCAAUAUUGUGCCACCAUACAGUGCUUUCUCUGCCAAAGGACAGCCUGAGGUAAAUAAACGGGGACCUGUGUAUGUGAACUAUGGUCGCACAGAAGACUUUUCUCAGUUACAAAGGGAGAUGGGCAUCAAUGUGACUGGGAAGAUUGUCAUUGUCAGAUAUGGAAAAAUAUUCAGAGGUAACAAGGUGAAAAACGCCAUGUUAGCCGGAGCGAAAGGGAUCAUUAUGUUCUCAGACCCAGCAGAUUACUGGGCUGCUGGAGUCCAGCCCUACCCCGAUGGCUGGAACCUACCCGGCAAAGGAGCUCAGAGAGGAAAUGUUCUCAACCUGAAUGGAGCAGGAGACCCACUCACACCAGGGUACCCUGCCAAAGGUAAUACAACCUACAGAUUCAGCCUGGAGGAUGGAAUAGGACUCCCCAGCAUUCCUGUGCAUCCAAUUGGCUUCCAUGAUGCUAUUCACCUUCUGAAAAACAUGGGAGGACAGAUUCCACCCAACAAUUGGAAAGGAGCUCUGAACGUCUCCUACAGCAUUGGCCCAGGCUUUACAGAAGACUUCAAGAGCCAGAAGGUGCGUAUGAACAUUCAUACUAACAACCAGGUAACCAGAAUCUACAACGUCAUUGGAAAGAUUAGAGGAGCCCUGGAGCCAGACGUGUAUGGAUCUCGGAGGGGCAACCGCGAUGCCUGGGUUGGAGGAAUUGAUCCCAUGUCUGGUGCUGCGGUUGUCCAUGAAGCUGUCAGAAGUGCUGGCAAACUGCUAAGUAAAGGCUGGAGGCCAAGGAGGACAAUAAUAUUUGCCAGCUGGGAUGCAGAGGAGUUUGGACUGCUGGGAUCUACAGAAUGGGCACAGGAUAAUGCCAAGUUACUGCAGGAGAGAGCUGUGGCUUACAUCAAUGCAGACUCUGCAAUAGAAGGCAUGUACACUCUGAGGGUUGACUGCACUCCAUCACUACACACUUUGGUGUAUGAUGUCACAAAGCAGAUAGCCAGUCCAGAGGAAGGAGAAGAGGGAGUAUCUCUGUAUGAGAGCUGGCAUAAGAGGGACAACUGGACAAAUGAUCGUGAUGCGCCCAGGAUCAGUAAACUCGGGUCAGGCAGUGAUUUUGAAGCCUAUUUUAUCCGUCUGGGAAUUGCUGCAGGCAGGGCCAGAUACACCAAGAACAAGAAAACAGAGCUCUACAGCAGCUAUCCAGUCUAUCACAGCGUGUAUGAAACCUUCGAGAUCGUGGAAAGGUUUUACGACCCCUCCUUUAAGAGGCUUCAGGCGGUGGCCCAGGUGAGAGGUGGGCUCAUCUUCCUGCUGGCUGAUUCCCACCUCCUCCCUCUUGAUGUUAAUGAGUAUGCAGACUCACUGAGGAAGUAUGCACAGAGCAUAGCACAGCUGGCACAGAGGAGCCCAGUAGAGAUGGAGAAGUAUAAAGUGUCAUUUGAUUCCCUGUUUUCUGCAGUUCACAACUUCUCCGUUGCAGCCAGGGAUUUCCACGAGCGCCUGCAGACUCUCAACAAAGCAGAUCCUCUGCAGCUACGGGUCAUGAACGAUCAGCUCAUGUAUUUGGAGAGAGCCUUUAUAGACCCUCUGGGCUUACCUGGCAGACCUUUCUACAGGCAUGUGAUCUUUGCUCCCAGCAGCCAUAAUAAAUACGCAGGGGAGUCUUUCCCUGGAAUCUAUGAUGCUUUAUUUGACAUUAAGAACUCAGGUGACCCAGCAAAGGCCUGGGAAGAAGUCAAGCGUCAGAUCAGCAUAGCGGCUUUCACGGUCCACGCUGCUGCUAUGACCCUGACACCACCUGCAUGAAGGCAAUCUAAAAAUAUAUAUUUAACUUGACAAAAAUAAUAUAUCCAGUAUCUGCAACUGACAGGGCAGUCCAUGCUUAUCUGGUUGUUUUUGUUAAAGUCUUCAGAAGCAUUUUUACUCUUUCAGGUUUCUGUUUUAUGAUGUGUCUCCAUAAAUAAUUUAUGUUUUUAAUGUUUUGUAGUAAUAAUUUUUGAUUACAAGUCAUCCCAAUAAACCCAUUCAUUACUUAUGGGCACAAAAUAACUCAGAUGUUAGUGAUGUACAAGAUCAAGAAAGUGUUUAAUGAGUUUUAUUAAGACUGCAAUUUUUAAUUUUUGAUAAAUUCCCUCGAAUGCCUGGUACACAACAAAGUUUAUUGGAUGAUAAAAUGAUCUCAUGUAAUGGAAAUGCUGUCAAACAUUUAGCCUAUGUUUAAAAUGCUGAGUUGUCAAAGGCAUAGCAUACAAGGAAUGUCAUUAGGGGACAAUAAAGAUGGAGCAAUCAAAC